GGAAGAUCAACAUGUAGGCCUAGACCAAGACGAAGUUUACAAACUCCUGAGCUGAUUAGGCCUAUGCUUGAGCCCAGUGAUGAGGAGUCUCAACAAGAAGAACCACCAACUGAAAGCUGGGAUCCUACACCUGGUCAAGAGAGAGAAGAUCAGGGUGCAGCUGAGAUUCAAGUGCCUGACCUGGAAACUGAUCUCCAGGAGCUGUCUGAGUCAAAGACUGGGGAUGAAUGCAGAGAUGGUCCUGAUGUCCAGGGGAAAAUUCUGCCAAAAUUAGAGCAAUUUAAAAUGCCAGAAGAAGGGAUGCUAUCCAUUAGGAGGCAAAAUUAUGUGCUUUCUGUUUUUCACAAUAUUAUACUUUUGAUAAUAUAAAGAGAGAACAUUACUGCCCCUUUAAAAACACAAUUCAAAUGCAGGCUUUCUUUGAAAAGUUGUUCCAACCCCAAAUGCCUGACUGGAAGACUUAAACACUGUGAGAUACAGAAACAAAUGGGGUCAAAGCCAUAUUGAAUCAUCAAAUAUGAAAGCAUUUUCUUACUUGUGACUAUAACCAACAGCUAACAAUUUUCAGAUUAUUUUCUAAUUUCUGCUUUUAAUAAAUACAUAAUACAUUUGUAAUACCACUUUGUGUGAAAUAUGCUGAGUAUUGAAGGAGGUUCUAGUACCAGAUCUAACAUAAUUUGUGAGAUUUUGGGUGAAUUCCAUAAAUUCUACACCCAUCUUUUUCUGUUAUUGAACAUAGUAAACGCAAAUCAGGUAUAUUAAAAUCUAUUUCAAGGUUGAUUUCCAUAUUUUCAUGUUCUGUUGGAUAGAAUACAAAGUUAUGAUUUUUCAUAACAAUCAAUUUCACUCCGGUUAUAAUAUCUGAGUUGAGAUUUCAUGGUUCCCAAAAAAUGAGUGGGUAACGUGCUUGAUGUUUCCUUUCCUGUAUGGAGACCAAAAUGACUGUUCUUGGAUUUUGUUAAAUUUUAAAUUCUCUGGCUCUUAAAGAAUAAUUGCAUUUUAAAUCCUUUCCGCAGUGAACCCUUGAGUGGCUGAAUAAUAAAAUGGCAAGAGACAGUCAGGUUUCUGUGGCCGAUCUAGUAGGGAGCAUGCGUGUAGGUCAGUGAUGCUCAAGGUGGGUGUAAGAUGCCUGUGCUAAGCAUGCUCCCUGUCUUCCUGUCAGUCUUGAUGAGCUACUGUGUGUAAUUAGAUUGAAGGCACAUGUGAUAGAACCACCUCUAACCCUAUCAUAGGUUACAUAUUACAGGUUUCUGCCUUGAGACAUCAGAUGAUACAAUUUAAAUUUCAAAGACCAUAACGUCCUAAUUCUUGAGUAGUCGACAUAAGUAUCUUUUACACAUAUUUUCCAAUUGCUGACUGUUAAUUAGAAGAGCUUAGGAAUUUCAAGGAAGCACUCCAUAUUUAGGGAAGAAAUUACCUAAAUGCUUUUACUCUACACUGCUGAACCAUUCCAUUAGACCAUUUACAUUGAAAGAUAGCUUUCACUCUAUUUCCAGGAGCCUAUUGAAGAAGCCUUAACUGUAUUCUUUGGAAGGUUAUAGUCUUUUCUUUUGUCUAGAAUUAAUUUCUUUUUAUAUUAUUGUACUAUAAAUUCUAGGGUACAUGUGCACAAUAUGAAGGUUUGAUACAUAGGUAUACAUGUGCCAUGUUGGUUUGUUGCACCCAUCAAUUCGUCAUUUACAUUAGGUAUUUCUCCUAAAGCUAUCCCUCCCCCAGCCCCACACCCCCCAACAGGCCCUGGUGUGUGAUCUUCCCUGCGCUGUGUCCAAGUGAUUUCAUUGUUCAAUUCCCACCUAUGAGUGAGAACAUGCAGUGUUUGGUUUUCUGUCCUUGUAAUAGUUUGCUGAGAAUGAUGGUUUCAUCCAUGUCCCUACAAAGGACAUGAACUCAUCCUUUUUUAUGGCUGCAUAGUAUUCCAUGGUGUAUAUGAGCCACAUUUUCUUAAUCUUGUCUAUCACUGAUGGACAUUUGGGUUGGUUCCAAGUCUUUGCUAUUGUGAAUAGUGCCACAAUAAACAUAC